AUGAUUGAUCUCGGGCUAUCAAGGGUGAUUCGGCUCUUGACUGCUCUUGGAAAUCCCCAGCUCACCUGGAAAGCGGUCCAUGUUGCCGGUACCAAUGGCAAGGGCUCGGUUUGCGCCUAUAUUUCAAGCUGUAUUACACAGGCCAAGAUCUCCAAUGGAAGAUUCACCAGUCCACAUUUAGUCGACAGAUUCGACUGUAUUAGCAUCAAUGGCAAACCAGUGGUAGAAAAUCUUUUUUUAGAAGUGGAGAAAAAAGUGUCAGAAGUCAAUUUAGAGAACAAUAUUCAAGCAACUGAUUUUGAACUGCUUACCGCUAUCGCAUUUGAAAUAUUUCAUCGUCAAAAAGUAGAUCUGGCCGUGAUUGAGGUGGGAUUAGGAGGAAGACUGGACGCUACUAAUGUACUACCACCAUCUCAAACGCUUUGCUCAAUUAUAACCAAAAUCGGAUUGGAUCACCAGAAUUUCCUUGGAAACACUUUAUCGGAAAUAGCACGAGAGAAAGCUGGGAUCAUUAAACAAGCAGUACCGUGUAUCUUGGAUGCUACUAAUGAGCCAGAAGUCAUUCGAGAAGUUGAGAAAAUUGUAUCCCAGAACAACUCAAAGCUAAUACUUGCACAUCCAUUAACAAAUAAAACCACGGGCCCUUUCCAGGUUGAUCCUUCCACAAGCCCACUCCUGGGAUCUUAUCAGAUGUCAAAUCUAUCCUGCAGUUUACAGGCACUUCUUGAAAUUCAAAAACACUAUCCUCUAUCAGACAGAAUUGUCCAACAGGGAAUUAAAGAAACCCAGUGGCCAGGACGGUUACAAAAAGUCCAAUUAUCCAACGGUUUCGAAGUCCUGCUGGACGGAGCUCACAACAACCAAGCAGCAGACCUCCUGGCCGAAUACAUCAACAAUUCAGUUCGGCCGUCUGCCACUUCGGCCAUCACAUUCAUAGUUGCAUUCUCACAAGGUAAAGACUUCAAAGGCAUUCUACAGCGACUGGUAAAACCUGGCGACACAGUCAUAGCCACCCAAUUCGGCGCUGUCGACGGCAUGCCCUGGGUCGCCCCCUGUGAUCCCCAAGAAAUAGCUGCCGUCGCAUAUUCUUUCACCGACCCUGCCAACGUGCACAUCGAGCAGAGCAUACAGAAAGGCCUCUCUCGAGCCCAACAAACCCCCACCACCUCAAGCACCGUCAUCUGCGGCAGUCUCUACCUCGUCGCAGACUUCGUGCGAGCGACCCGCUAA